UCCUUCGAUUUGCCCCCCUCCCCCCUUGAAAUGACAGAUGGGGGAAAAAGGCGAGGGCAUUGUCAUGGCAACUCCCUAGAAGCAGGCGGAAGAGCCAAUCGGAUGGACGUUUUAACGGAGGAGAGGAGAUGACGUCACGAGGAGGACUCGGCGUAUACUGAUUUCGCGCGGGAGAUUUAGUCGGCUUUAUUACACGGACUGUGGCUGGUCGGUUUAUGUGGAAAAAAUGCAGUUUUCUUCAAAUGUCAAACGGGGAACUUUGAAAUUGGGGGAUAAACAAGAGUCAUAUCCUCUUAGUGUCCAGUUCUAUCUGCAGCCCCCUACUGAAAAUAUUUCUCUGAUGGAGUUCGAAAGUUUUGCAGUUGAUAGAUUAAAAUUACUCAAAGCAGUUGAAAACUUGGGUGUGAGUUAUGUGAAAGGUAGUGAUUCUUACCAAGAAAAACUACAGUCGGAACUUCGACACCUUAAAUUUCCAUAUUAUGCUUUGAUUGAAGAUGAUUAUGAUGCAAGAAGAAAAGAUCAUAUUUCUCAUUUUAUACUGCGCCUUGCCUACUGCCAAUCGGAGGAACUUAAGAGAUGGUUUAUCCAACAAGAAAUGGACCUCUUCCGUUAUAGAUUUAAUCAGCUAUCUCGUCCGUUAGUUGAAAAGUUUCUUCGGUAUGCUAACCUGGGAUAUGAUAUUGUAAGUACUGUAUAUUUGAAUAACUCCAUAAUAGGUUUUAGUUUCAAAACUCUUACAAAAAGUAUAUAUGAGAAUGCAAAAAUAAUUGCUGUCGUUGGACUCCUGUUCAUUUUGAUCUGCUAUUUUUCAUCAUAUUUAGUGACGGAGGAACUUAAGAGAUGGUUUAUCCAACAAGAAAUGGACCUCUUCCGUUAUAGAUUUAAUCAGCUAUCUCGUCCGUUAGUUGAAAAGUUUCUUCGGUAUGCUAACCUGGGAUAUGAUAUUCUUCCAGAAACUGAAAAGCUGAACAUGGCAGACAAGCUAAUCAAUGCAACUCCUGCAAUUGGUAUCAACGAAAUGAAAAACAAUGUCAUCUAUAAGGUCCCUUUCUGUGAUGCGGUGGAUUUAGUUCGUGUAAGAAAAGUUUACUUGCUUGGUGGAUAUGCCUAUGUUCCUCAACAGGAUUUUGUUACCAUUGUCCUCAACAGUUACAGAACCAAAUUAUCAAAAGCUCUGGCACUAGCAGCACGAUCCCUGCCUAUGGUACAAACUGACGAGAGACUUCAACCCCUGCUCAAUCACCUCAGCCAUGCAUAUGUUGGUCCAGAUUAUAAUAUUGAAAAAGCAACAGGCAAAAUUUCAUUGGAACAAAUUGAUGCUCUUUCAGUUAAAUCAUUUCCUCUCUGCAUGCGCCAGCUCCACAAAGCUCUGCGUGAUAACCAUCAUCUCCGUCAUGGAGGCCGUAUGCAAUAUGGCUUAUUUCUCAAGGGCAUUGGCUUAACACUAGAGCAAGCUCUGCAGUUCUGGAAGUCUGAAUUCAUCAGAGGAAAAGUAGACGCAGACAAGUUUGAUAAAGGAUAUGCUUACAGCAUCCGGCAUAACUAUGGAAAAGAAGGCAAGAGAACAGAUUAUACUCCAUAUAGCUGCAUGAAAAUUAUCCUGUCCAAUCUCCCAGGCCAAGGGGAUCAUCACGGAUGCCCUUUUCGCCACAGUGACCCAGAGCUGCUGAAGCAGAAGCUUCAGUCGUAUAAAAUAUCUCCUUCUGGAAUCGGUCAGAUUUUGGACUUGGUGAAAGGUAUGCAUUAUCAGCUGGCCUGCCAAAAAUACUUCGAACUGACUCAUGAUAUCAAAGAAAUUGGUUUUUCUCUGAGCCACCCCAAUCAGUACUUUAUAGAAAGUCAGCAGCUACUUGGCAGCACCAAAGAAAUAAAAAAAGAUGAAAAGCAGCUUGAAAGCGCCCAGCUGAAACCCAGCGGCCGGACAAGGGCAGAUAUACCUACAACUUCCUCUUUAAGUACAACAGAAGAAAUGGAACUGGAGGGGCUUGAGGAUUACUUUGCUGAAGAUUAAACAAUUCCAUCACUUUUCCGUUUACUUCCUGUUAUCUUCCUAUAUUGCAAAGUGGUGCUGUGUGAAUGAUGUAUAAAGACAUUGUAAAUAUGCAAAGUUGUGUUCUACGUAGAAAGUGUGAAACAGUACUGUGAUAUAAAAAGUUUUGAAAAACAGACAUUUUCUUGUAAGCACAAAAAUCAGUUGGAAGAUUGAGCAAUAAAAUGGUGCAAGUCGCAUUUCUGUUUCCAUGGGCAAAUGCUAGAGUUGUAGACUUUCUAUUAUACAGUGUUGCCCUAUUUCCGUGAUGGCAAACCUAGGGCACGCGGGCCAGAAGUGGCGUAUAGAGCUAUUUCUCCUGGCAUGCAGGGUGUUGCCCGUUGCUCUUCGGGUUCCAGUGUGCUGGUGCAGGACCUCUGGAAACCAGAAGAGCAGCCGCCCGAUGCUCAUAUGCGCACUGGGAAGAUGAUCUUCUGGUUGCCGGCGCACACAUGCGCCCCGCCAGGUUGUCUGUGUGUAUGCUCAUAUGUGCCAGAAACCGAAAGACCAGAUGGCCGGUGCUGAAAACCGGAAGAUCAUUUUCCCGGCAACACAUGCAUGCCAGGCGGCUGCUCUUCCAGUUUCAAGUGUGAACAAAUGCACCAGCCAGCUGGUCUUCGUGUGCACAUGCAUGCCAGAAACCGGAAGACCAGGUGGCCAGUGCGCAUGUGUGCAUUGGAAACCGGAAGACCAUCUUCCCACUGCAUGCAUGUGUACUGGGGGGCUGCUGUUCCGGUUUCUGGCAUGCGCGUGCAUGUGCACAUGCUCCCAUUUCGGCACUUGAUGCCAAAAAAGUUUGCCAACACUGCUCUAUUUCAUUCUCUUUUCACUCCAAGUCUUAUUCCUUGAUAGAACUGAUUUUGAAAUAUAGAGAAAAUGCAGAUAUUUUCUGCAGUUUAGGUCAUUCCUGCAAGAUCUAUUGUAUCAUAAACAAUUCAUGAUUACUUUUAUGAAUUCCUCCUAAAAUGCAAAACCUUCUUGCUGUGAUUUCAAGUGGUAAAAAACCUGUUGCAAAAGGAAACAAGAUUUUAAAGGCAUUUAAAGGCAUAAACUUACGUAAUAAAGUUUGUACAAUUAAAAAAGAGUAACUUUAUGAUCCCUCUUUGUAAGAAAGUUGUCUAUGUGAAACAUGAAGACAAAAACAUCAAUGAACUGGACACAUUAGAAAUAGAGCGUGUUAAGGGUGUUUGGGAAACCUGGUAUAAUUAUGAAAAUCAGACAUUUUAAAAAUGUAUUUUACAUCUCUGUGAAAGACUACAUAUUUACGAUGCAAAUUCCCAUUUCAAGAUUGAUCAAUUUUGGCAUUUUACAUUAGAGUACCAAAUCAAAUAAAUGAAAUUAGUUUUACAUAAUCAAGAGUAAAUGAAUGAAUGAAUGAAAUCCCAUUAAAAUUACCUUGAAGGAAAGUAGUAAAUGCCGCCUAAGGUUCAAUCUUGUAACCACUUACAUUGGAGGAAACAGCAUUAACUUGAUGGAAUUAAUUUUUUUAUUAGGUAUGUCUGUGAUAGCUGUAAGAUUUCAGGUAUGCAACUUUCUUAGGUGGUGGGCUCUUUUUGUGUGUGCAAGAACUUAAAAAUCUUUGCUACUGAUAUAUAUAUGCAGUAGACUUGUAGCCAUUAAUGAGAUGCUCUAGCAUUUACAGUAAUUAUAUUAUCUCAAUUGCUGUAUAAGUUGUAAUCCUAUUACUUUUCAGGUAAUGCUUCAAUGAAUUGCCAUUAGUGCAGGCUCCUAUAUGCUGAAAUGGUUAUGCCCUUGUUACAUAUUCAGAAGCUGUAGAAAGCAAUAUAUUUGAUAUUCUUCACAAUU